AUGCACCGGGGGCAUAUCUUUGGCGACUCUGCCGAGCUCGGAUCUCACCACGCCUCAUCUGUUGCGUCUCUCCAACCACCCGCCAUCGCCACUACGCUGUAUCCGGCUGUGCAUCCACCACUCGCCGGUACGAGCCCUCCACGGUUCCGAAAGUUGCCGCAAUCAACCGCCGCCGCCGCCGCCGCGCGACUGCCACGAGUAUCGUCGUUGCUGCCGCCGCAACCUUCUGUAGCGGCUGCAGCAACGACAACAACAAACUCGAGCCCAGCAUAUUCUCUUGGUGAAGGCCCCUCUCUGGACCGCGAGUAUUCCUCCCCCCCAGAUAUCCUGCCCGCAACACCGCCCAACGAGCCCGACCACGACUCCAAGACGAGACCACGGACUUUUAGCUCCAAGGUCGAGCUGCCGGUGCUAACACUGCCACCCAUCCUACCGCUGGGCCCGCUUGUCGAGACAUUUCAAGCCCGGCCACCAAGCUUGGAAGUUCUACCCGGUGGCGACGCGAUCGACGUUGAUGUCACGGGAACCUCGCCUGCGAAGAGCGAAAGCACUGUUUCCUCUGGCUCCUUGCCAAAGAUGCCCUACGAAACUGCCAGGGAGCCCUGGGCCCCCUCCGCCCGUGGUCACUCGCGGAGUCGAAGUGGAAAACUCAGCGCAGAUCUGGCCAAGCCUCGCGCGGUAAAACCGUCCUCACAAAAGGCGAUGCUGUCCCAGGCAUUGCAGAAGGCAAACACAGCUGUCCAACUCGACAAUGCGCAGAAUUUCGAAGGGGCCAGGGAAUCAUACACUGAAGCAUGCGAGCUUUUACAGCACGUGCUACUGAAAACAACUGCGGAUGAAGACAAAAAUAAGUUGGAGGCGAUUCGACGAACCUAUGUCGGACGCAUUGAGGAGUUGGACCAAAUGGCCCCAUGGCAAGCUGCGAAAAACAAGGAGUUGCCAGCUCGGCCAAGCAGUGCAGACGGCCAAGACGAGGGGGUGGAAGUAGCGCCCACAAACAGAGUGACGCAUGUCAAAGAAGACGGCGAUAGCCUUCAGCAGCAGCAGCAGCAGCAGCAGCAGCAGCAGCAGCAACGCCAAGACUCAAAAUAUUCUAGAGAUAGCUCUCCAGAAACGUCACGAUCAGCGAGAUUGACAACAGAGCAGCCUUUUCUACACUCAACAUUCUCACGCUCCUCACGAUCACCGGCGAGGCCUCGAGCCACGGAUGAAUAUACCACGGAGCCCACUCGCACAACACAGCCGUCGGCAGCACGUCGCCCUGCAUCACCAACGAAGCCGCAGCAUGAGAGUCAUAAUUCGGACGAUCGAGGCACUGAUUCUUACCAUUCCGGAUCAUGGAAUGGCUCGAGAGACGGCGGUACUGGGCACUACAGGAAUGAAAGUCAGACCUCAUGGUUGGAUCCUAUUGGCGAGUCGGGGGGGUCGACCGGAAGGGCAUCGUCACUGCACUCCAGAGGCUCGUUUGUAUUUCGUCGAGGCCAUGCUCGGAGCAUCAGCGGCAACACAGAGGCUGAGUUUGACACGGCCUUGGAUGCGGCGAUUGAAGCUGCAUAUGACGACGGAUAUGAGCCCAUGGAGCCGACACAGUAUGAUGGCAAUGACCGCUCCGAGGAGAUUGUAACCAAGGCGCUCCAGAAAGUUGAGGCUGCCCGAGAGCGCGUCAGACAAACGGAACGAGAAGCAUACCCAAAUGAGCCUAAAUUGCAGUCAGCUGGCAAGUUAGGCCAGGGGACCUCUGGCGGGUUUUAUGAAGAUUUGUCUUCAGACGAGGAGGAACGACUUUUGGAAGAAAUGACCCGUGACUACAAUAUUGAAGAUUUUAUGAUGAACGAAGGACAGAAACCGAACGCGACGCAGCGUCCAGGGGAUCCUCGCGGACAGCAUCCGCGAGGCUGGGACAAGGAGAGCGAGAAGACCAAAGUGCCAAACACACGAUCCUUGGCUGCCACCGUAGACAGAUCGGACGUUUCGCCGUCGCAUCCAGCCCCCAAAAGUUUGCAACCGUCUGCGCCGCCGCCGAAGCAAUCAUUGCCUGAUCUGCCACUGGUCAGAGCACAAUCUCCUGGGCAGACCGUUCGCAAUCGCAGACUCUCCGGUCAGAACCCCAAGCAGCUAAAGAUCCAGACGACGCAGCUCCGACCAUCGACCGCUACCAGCUUGGGUGACUCGUCACAGCUGAAGCCGACCUCGGCGCCCGACUUCCCCCCCCAAGCAACUCUCACGGAGAGACCUCAAACCAGUCGAUCGGCUAGAAAACUCACACCACCUGGUGGAGACGUACAAGCGAUCGAGCCCAGGAUGUUCGGAUCGCCACCUCGCCAGCGUGGCCAGGCAGAUGUUGAUGAAAACAUUACUGCUCUGUCCGGCUCCCCGACUGUAAGCAAGCUUCGGAAGAACUUUUCCUCUUCGAGCUUGCGCAGCCUGAAGGGUCGCAACAUGUCGUUUUCUAAUGCCGAUGACGGAUCCGACAUGUCCCCCGGAACCCCCUCAAGCAACCACUUUGGGAGGGCCCCUGCCAUGCCUGCUUUUCCAGCGUCGCUCGCGAUAUCCUUGCGCGAGCAAAUGGAAUUGGCCUCGUCGGGGGGGUUGCGCCUCUUCGAAGACAACAUUCACUUGCCAGCUACCCCUGGAUUGCCUAACCCGAUGGUCUCGGAUCCUCCCGUGGCACUAGAACCCUGUCCAAAUGAUGUCAUGCUGCGACCAUUCUGGCUCAUGCGCUGUCUUUAUCAGACGUUGGCGCACCCGCGAGGAGGCUACCUGAGCACGAAGCUAUUUGUUCCCCGCGACGUUUGGAAAGUGAAGGGAGCUAAGCUGAAGAACGUUGAGGACAAGAUAUCAAAUUGCGACUACCUCACGGCCGCCCUCCUGAAACUUGCAAAGGUAGACACAUGCGAUGCCGAUGCCGUACUAGACGAGAUGCAAUCACUGGAAGGCGUCCUGGAACAGGUACAGACCGCGCUCGCCCGCAAACUCGGAAACGAAGUAGGUGUGCAGGGCUCGGGGGUGUUGUUCAAAGAAGCCUCAAAUGUCGUCGAAGGGGACGGAGCAUCAUCUGUGCCAAGGACUGCGAGCGUGUCGGCCAAGUCAUCAUCCUUUUCUUGGAGACGACUUCGAUCCAAGAACUCAAAUAUGGGAUUAGGUGGAGCCUACAACAGCCGGAUGAACGGAGUAGAAGGAAAUAAAGAAUCGGCAACGAUGCCAACCCUCCCCAUGACACCGCAGCCUACAAGCCGGCCUCCAAAGCGUGACCCCAGCCAGGCCCAGUUCUUCGGCCCGAACGCGCAUUACAUGGGCUCGCUCGCACGUCUGUUUGAUGCGGCCCAAGCUGUUGAUCAAAUUGCGCGGCAGGUUGACGACCCGGGACUGAGACAUGCAGAUAAGACGCAGGUGGGACUCGAACUUUGCACCCGACAUGCCGCUGAGUUUUUCGGCUUUUAUAUUUGCAGGUUUGUCCUCACGGACCUGGGGAUGUUGCUGGACAAAUUUAUCAAGAGAGGGAGUGAAUGGGUGCUCGCAUGA